AUGCGUUGCAUUAAAAACAAAAUUGAGCACAAUGGGUCUGGUGCGGUCACCUUAUGCCCUGACGAGCCUGAGGAUAUGUGGCAUGCCUUCAAUUUAAUUCGAGCUGGUGAUAUUCUCCGAGCCAGCGCGAUUCGCCGUGUCACGACAGUACAAGAUACCGGGUCUACAAGCUCAGCGCGCGUUCAUCUCAACCUCGUGAUUCGCGUUAAAAACCUCGACUUUGAUCCACACAGCUCCCAGCUCCAUGUCUCAGGGCAGAUCAUCAACGAAACACAACACACCAAGAUCGGCCAGUUCCAUACCCUUGAUCUAGAAUUGAACCGCAAUUUCACAUUAGAGAAAGAGGCUGGCGCGAAUGGAGAAGGUGUCGGUUGGGAUAGUAUUGCGAUUGAGGCGCUGAGGGAUGCCGUUGACGAAGGCGGCAAGCGUCGCGCAGAAGCUAUCGCAGUGGUUAUGCAAGAGGGACUGGCUCAUAUCUGCUUUAUCGGUCAGUUCCAAACGAUAAUGAAGCAAAAGGUUGAAAUGUCCGUGCCCCGCAAACGACAAGGAGGAGGGGAUCACGAUAAGGGCAUGAACAAAUUCUUUAAAACUACUCUCGAAACACUGCUUCGCCAAAUGGAGUUCAAUACCAGUCUGACUUCGGGCGCCAACAAUGAAGCUGUGCGCCCUGUUCUUCUCGCCUCGCCUGGGUUUGUCGCUUCCGGGUUCCACAAAUAUAUCCAGUCUGAGGCAUCAACGACAACCCCUGGACUCAAGCGGCUUCUUCCAAGUGUUGUGGUUGUACACUCCGCAUCAGGGUACACGAAUUCACUAUCAGAGGUUCUGCAAUCACCCGCAGUGAAGACCCUCCUGGCCGAUACCAAGUACGCCCGCGAGACGAAAUUGAUGGACGAUUUCCUCGAGCAAUUACGAAAGGAAACCAACAAAGCGACCUAUGGACCACGUGAAGUUGAGUCCGCGGUUGACCAAGGUGCGGUUGGUCGAGGUGGUGGUGUGCUCAUCGUUUCAAAUCGCUUGUUUCGAUCGCAGGAUAUUGCCGAGCGUAAACGCUGGGUGUCACUCGUGGAUCGUGUUCGUGAUGUUGAGGGUGGUGACGUGCGGAUUCUUAGCUCUGACCAUGAAAGUGGGAAACGCCUCGAGGGACUUGGUGGUAUUGCUGCACUCUUGACAUUCCCUAUCAUAGACGAGGAUUUAUCUGAUGAAGAAUAA